AUGUAUGAAGAACAUCUCGCACAGAAGUCACUUCCAAACCGAUUACGCGAGAUGGAGCUGAAGCACCUGGUUCUGGAGGCGGCUGAUGGUUUUCUGUUCGUGGUGUCGUGUGAAACCGGCCGUGUGGUUUAUGUGUCGGACUCUGUCACACCGGUUCUGAACCAGGCUCAGUCGGAUUGGCUCGGAUCAUCGCUGUACGACCAGCUCCAUCCAGACGACACAGAGAAACUCCGAGAGCAGCUCUCCACCAGCGAGAACAACAACGCCGGCCGGAUGUUGGACAUGAAAACAGGCACGGUGAAGAAAGAGGGUGGGCAAGCCUCAGUGAGGAUGAGUAUGGGAGCACGCCGCUCCUUCAUCUGCAGGAUGAGAUGUGGAGUGUGUCCCGUAGAGCCGGUGUCCAUGAACAGACUCAACUUCCUGAGAAGCAGAAACAGGAAUGGACUGGGUCCUGCUAAGGAGGGUGAGCCGCAGUAUGCGGUCGUGCACUGCACAGGCUUCAUCAAGUCCUGGCCUCCUGCAGGAGUGACUCUUGCUGAAGAGGAGGCCGAUAAUAAUCAGGGGAAUCGUUUCUGUCUAGUUGCCAUUGGAAGGCUACAGGUCACAUGUUGCCCAAGCGACACUAGCAUAAAUAACAUCAGCGUUCCAGUGGAAUUUAUUUCCCGCCACAACUGUCAGGGCCUCUACACCUUUGUGGAUCACCGCUGUCAGGCGACGGUGGGCUUCCAGCCUCAGGAGCUACUGGGGAAGAACGUCCUGGAGUUUGCACAUCCAGAAGACCAGGGCUUACUGCGAGACAGCCUUCAGCAGGUGUGUGUGAGAGAGCGAACACCACUUCUGCUCACUUGCACCAACGCCAAUGUCAAGCAGUUGCAGCAGCAGCAGGCCGAGUUAGACGGAGGGAUGGGACAAGACGCAGCGUAUGAAACCAAUCAGGUCACUCUUCCUCAGGUUCCAGUGCAGACUGCAGGUGUAGUCGGUGCUGAUCACAACUCUAAGGCCGUGUCCUCCAGUGCCUCCGGUGGACAGCAGCUUUACCCACCAGCAGCAGCUUUCCCCAGCUCUGCUCGUCCCAGCGAGCCCUUCAGGUCAGCUGGGAUGGCUCAGCAGAUGGUUCCUCACUCAGCAGGUCAGAUGCUGACACAGAUGUCCCGUCAGAGCGCACCUUCUGGAGUCUCCUCCAGCAACAGCAGCCUCAUUCAGGCCCAGAUGGGACCCGCAGCGCCUCCUGGAGUCUGGUCUGCCACACGACAGCCCUUCAACACACAGCAGAUGGCAGGUCAGGCUGUGAAGAGUCAGUCAGCUCAGUUUAACAUGAGAGGGUUCAGCUCCGCCCCUUCUUCCUCCACUUCCUCUUCCUUUGGCCAGAUGGGCGGGGCUUCUGCUUCAAUGGCAAACACAUCAAAUUACCAACAAAUAAACAGCCACAACAACCCUUCAACUAAUGGAUUCGGCGAUGUUAAUCAGAUGGGAGCGCAGUUCAGCUCCAGGCCAGCAGAGGGAGUGUCAGGCUGGCAGCAGUGGCAAACUCAGCCACACACUCAAGGCACUGCAGACGCACACCAGCAGCCUCAAAACAGCCAGCCAGAGAUGUUUCAGGAUGUUAUCUCCAUGUUGGAUCAAACCGGCAGCUUC